AAAAAACAAAGUUUUGUUUACAAAGUUGAAAAAUAAGCAUUCUUUGUCCAUUUUUUAAAUAAAAACAACGCGUAAGCAAGGAGGUGAAAAUGAACAGAGUGUUGCACAACAAAAGAGAUGUAUCUGUACAAUUUGCAACAGCAGUUUUGACAGUACCGCCGGGUUUCCGCAACAUCAUUCAUCUGAUUGGCCAUCAAGUAUUGAAGGUUCAACCUUCAGCUGGUGAAACUAUAGACUUCAUUGCGAAAUAUGUUCAGAACUUAUUAUCAGUCAGGGAAGCAACAGGUUAUGAUCCAGCAAUCCAUGGCGACAUGCUUGAACGGAUUCAGGCCCACUAUCACCAAAUGUACGGCAGUGAGCUUCAAAUGGUCACUCAAGCAGAACCACAGACCACCACUAAUGAUGCAACUGAAGAUGAUGAUGAGAUAGAAUAUAUGGAAGAGGCAGCAGCACUUGGUGCUGGAGUUGCUGCAUCAUCAGAAGAUCUAGGAGAUGCAAUGGCAGAUGAUGCAGUGGAAGAGCAUAGUAAUGCAGCACAAGUAAAUGAAACUGAGAUGGCAGCUGACACUGCAACAGAACAUUCUGAUACACAGCCAGAAGGUGUAGGAGAUGACAUUGCAGAUGAUGCAAUGGAAAAGCCUAGUAAUGCAACACCAGUAAAUAAAGAUGAGAUGGCAGCUGACACUGCAACAGAACACCCUACUGAUACACAGCCAGAAGAUGUAGUUGAAGACAACCCUACAGAGGAACUUGGUGAUACUGAAGCAGUAGAUGCAAGUGUAGAACAUUCCAGUAACACAGCAGAGGAUGUUAAUCCUGAAGUGGCAAAAUAAGACUGUUAGCCUUAGUAAUUUGGAUCGCAAUUGAACACUUUAAAUAAGUGUUGCAUACUAUUUUAUUAAUGCCUAUGUACAGUCAAAUGGUUGUUUUAAGUCUCUAAUAAAACUACACAGGUUUAUGUAAAACAAAAAUGUGUUUUUGAAAUAAAAAAAUAUGUAAAUGAUGAUAAUACAAAUUGUCUAGACAAUGAUGAUGAUAAAGAUGAUGAUGGUGAUAGAAUGAUUAUGGUAGUAAUGCAGAUGAUAAAAUGACAAGUACAAUGGUUAAAAACAAUAUGUUAAUGCAUACAGCAAUAAUAAAGAGAAUUAAUAGCAAUUUCACAUUUAUGUCCACUAGGUUGGUUUAAUACACACUACUUGGAAUUAUUAUCAAUACAAUGCUUCGCAUACACUGAUCAUUAAUUGUACAAUAUGAUUCUUAAAGUAUGAUAUCCAAAUCAAUAUAUACAUAAUAUCUGGCAAAAAUAACUUUGUAAUAUAAAGCAUUUCUAUGUAUGUAGUCUCUAUACCAGUGAUUGAAAUGUGUUUCUAGACUUUACUACGUUUUUAUUUUAAAAGUAAAUUAAUAAUGUUUUAAACACGAUUAACAUAGCAUGCCUGAGAGAUAUCAACAAAAACAAUACAAACUCAAUAACAAAAAUUUACAAAUUGUAAGAAAUUAAAUACAUUAUUUUAUGACCUAAUGCUAACAUUAUAUUGGCUAUGGUAUAUAAAUGAAUCAAUUCCAUAAUAAAACAUUGGCUAAGUUUGGCUAUGACAUCAACAUAUAUUUGUAAAUUAAUGUAAAUGUGAUAAUGUAACAGAGAUAUUACCUUGUCUAUAAAAUCUAAUAUAAUUUGCACAUACUGUAAUAACAUCAUUAAAACAAUGUUUUUUCCUAAAGGAAACAAAUCCCUGACUAUUGUUUAUAACUACUUGUUAAUCUUUUAGCAUAAAAGAGAUCUGUAUGCUGCGUAUUUCUUUAAUUCUUGACUUUGUAUAAAUUAACACAAAUUAAUAGUAUGAUAUACUUUACAUGGAAUAAACAAUUGCCAAUGCGGAAGCAGUCAUCCAAGCUCUGCCCAACGAGGGUAGCCCUACCCCAUGCAAUCUUUCUCAUUUCCUUUCUCUGCGCAAGCGGCAAGCACCAAGCACCAGAUCUUAGUACUCUAGUGUACUACAGUAUACAUAUUUUGAAGACGUGAAAGUUUCAAGGAAGGAUUUAUAAAAAAAUACAAGUCUUAAGUUACAAUUUUUUUGUUAGUAAUGAACUAAGGUCCCACAAACCACCCGUAUAUAUAGGAAAGCAUGCAAGUUUGUGGGACAAAACGUGUUGGGACAAGUUUGUAAUCCUGGCCCUGCACUGACUAGUCAGUUGCUAAAUUUGAUCAUUGAAAAUCCGUAAAAGUCCAUUGUCUUUAUCAGGUAUUCACAAAUAUAUUGGAACAUGCCAUAGCAAAUAACAUUAUUAAUAUUAACAUUGUGUAAAGGCCAAAAUCAGACAGCAUUGUACGACGCAGCUCGACGCGAUUCAUCGUCGAGGACAUUCUUAAGCCGUUGCGAGAAAUAUUAAACAUGUUGAAUAUUCUACGACGCGACUGCCACCGAUGCCAACCAUUGCGUCUAGCUUUAACUCACACAGACCCAACGCAACAACAAAUUGUGCCAAGCUGCGUCGUAAGACGCUGUCUGAGUUGGCCUUAACAAUAAACCUACAGAUGGAAUACUUACCUUACUUAUAUUAUUAAGCCUCAAUAAAAUAUAAUGUCUGAGUUGAUUAGAUAGGAUAAAAAAAAAA